GCGACUGCGCAUGCUGAGAAGGCCGCCCGCGCCGGCACGCCCGCGCAGGCUCAGACCCCCAGGCCAACAGCCGGGCAGGGCCGCGGGGAGGGAGUGGAAGAGCCUGGGGCGGGGUCGGAGGUCAGCUCAGCCUCUUCCAGGCGGCCCUUGGCACGGUCCCUCCCUACCUUAACACAAAGAUGACUUUUACCCUGGGUAUCAGAAACAUCUGCAAGACUGACUCCGCACCCGCUAAAGGUAACGAUGUAGCUCUGAAGGGCAUGGGUCGCUUCUUCCAAGAGUUGGCUGAGGAGAAGCAGGAAGGUGCCCAGUGCCUCUUGAAGAUGCAAAACCAGUGGAGCGACUUCCCCGUCCUCCCGGAUGAGCAGAAGCUGUCCGAAGUUGAGUGGCUUAGCAGCGUGGAUGCGAUGGAAGCCGCGAUGGUCUUGGAGAAGAGCCUGAACCAGGCCCUUCUGGAUCUGCAUGCCCUGGGUGCUGCCAACGCAGAUCCUCGUCUCUGUGAUUUUCUGGAGAGCCACUUCCUGGAAGAGGAGAUGAAGCUCAUCAAGAGGAUGGGUGACCAUCUAACCAACCUCUGCAGGCUGGCCAACCCCCAAGGGGGGCUGAGUGAGUAUCUCUUUGGAAAGCUUACCUUGAAGUCUAACGAGGAGACUCCAGAGCCCAGCAGCCUUUGAGCAACCCGUCCACCUGCCUUCCCUGGUGUCGAGAUUUCUGCUGGAGCCUCUUUCUCCAGCCAGGAGGCAACUUUUUAACCAUGAUGAAACCCUUGUCCAAGUUGUGAGAUCAAAUAGAAACAAAAAAGUUCUUUGUGCUGAGGGGGAAAAAAAACUAGGCUGCAGGGGGUGGGGGGAUAUGCAGAACAGGAUGGAGGAUUUGUAGUAUGUUUAAUUCUCUAGAUUUUCUAAAGAAAAUGUACCUAACUUUUGUGAAUUGUCUGUGUACGUUGAGGAUCUAUGUUUUCUGUGUCAAGAAAAAUUAUCUAUUUUAUCUUAUCUAUUCAUAAGAUGCAUACAAUUUUAGAGGUUUUAGAAUUUCUCUGAAACCAUUCUCGGUACUAGACUAAGCUUUAUUGUUUUAAAAUUCACCUUUGAUUUUGCCUAGCAGAGGAGAUAGCUGAGUACCUUGACCAUAUCAUCUUGUGCCCACCCCCAACCCUCAAACUCAUGAUAAAAUCAAUUUUCCUGGUUUUUAAGUUGCUGUGAUGCCAUCUGGUAUAUUGAAUAUAAUAAGAAAAAGCCCUGCGAAAUUCAUCUUUGUGUCUCCAAUUAGGUUGCUACUGAGAACACUGAUUAUUACAUCAUGCACUGACCUCUUUAGGAAGCCUCUCAGGAGAAAUUUCUUUCUGGCCUUAGUAUUAGGAAUAAGAGUUCUUUGCUUGGGUAAUUGGUUUGUUUUUGUUUUAUGGACACUGUAAAUGAUGUAACUAAUUAAGUUUCCGUUUCUGACUGCCUGUGAGAAAGCUUAGAGCGAAAUUUGUGGUCCACCCAGAGUAAAAAAGUAGGAUUGUAUGAGCAUUUUUACACAGGCUUCAUCUCUGAUUCUGCUGUUACUAAUUUCUUGGUGUAUGUUAUGGAUCCUUUUAAGUCAUCUUAAGCCCUUUCUAGAACAAGGUUGUGUAUAAAUAGAUAAAUAAACUUUAA